AUGCCCCAUAUCUCAAAUCUGCGCCUCCUCUUCUCCCCUCUAGAGCCCGCUCUCCGUUUUCCUUUCUCUUCUAAACCCAGACCUUACUCUCUCUUCACCAUCCUCUCUUCUUCUUCUUCUUAUCCAAAACGACGACACCGUAUCACGCCAAACCACCAGUCUCUUAAUUUCAGAAGCAGAAGCAAAACUACUUUUAGAGAGACCAGAGACAGGGACAAGGACAGAGGGGAAUCAAUGGAAGACAGUGGUAAGGAGAAUUUUGGGUUUAAUAAAAAAAGGGCCGAGGGUGGAGAUAAGCCUAAAAGGAAUUUACAGUUGAAAGUCAGAAAGCUCAAUCCUACCAAUACUAUUUCUUAUGUGCAGAUUCUUGGGACUGGGAUGGACACUCAGGAUACUUCACCUUCUGUCUUGCUCUUCUUUGACAAGCAAAGGUUCAUUUUUAAUGCUGGCGAGGGAUUGCAACGAUUCUGCACGGAGCAUAAGAUUAAGCUAUCAAAGAUAGAUCACAUAUUUCUCUCUCGUGUCUGCUCAGAAACAGCUGGUGGAAUUCCAGGUUUGCUGUUAACUUUGGCUGGCAUGGGAGAAGAAGGAAUGUCAGUCAACAUAUGGGGCCCAUCAGAUCUCAAGUAUUUGGUUGAUGCAAUGAAGUCUUUCAUCCCUCAUGCUGCCAUGGUUCACACAAAGAGCUUUGGUUCCAAUGAUGUUGAUCUGGAAGAUGCAAAUAAGUUUACAGAACCCAUUGUUCUUAUUAAUGAUGAGGUUGUCAAAAUAUCAGCUAUUCUCUUGCGACCAAGCAGGUCAGAAGGAUCUGCUGUAAAGCCUGGUGAUAUAUCUGUGAUAUAUCUUUGUGAGUUGCCUGAGAUUAUGGGCAAAUUUGACCCAGAAAAAGCUAAAGCUCUUGGUCUGAAACCUGGGCCAAAAUACAGGGAAUUGCAAUCGGGAAGAUCAGUGAUGUCCGAUCACCAAAAUAUAAUGGUUCAUCCCAGUGAUGUGAUGGACCCUUCUGUUCCUGGUCCCAUUGUAUGUCUUGUCGACUGCCCAACAGAAUCCCAUGUGCAGGAAUUGUUAUCCUUAGAAUCUCUCAAUAGUUACUAUGCAGAUUUCUCAGGUAACCCAACACAGAGUGUUAAGACUGUGAAUUGCAUCGUUCAUCUAAGUCCUGCUUCUGUAACAAGCAACCCCUUCUAUCAGAAGUGGAUGACAAAAUUUGGUUCAGCCCAGCAUAUUAUGGCAGGACAUGAAAUGAAGAAUGUGGAAAUUCCUAUUCUAAAAUCCAGUGCAAGAAUUGCAGCACGACUUAAUUACUUGUGUCCUCAGUUCUUUCCAGCUCCAGGAUUUUGGUCCCUUGGACAUCUUAAAAACUCAAGACCAGACUCAUUUUUUACAGGCGAGGGUUGUGUCUCAAGGUUGUGUGAAAACGUAUCGGCUGAAAAUCUCCUUAAGUUCACUUUGCGUCCUCAUGCUCAUAUUGGCUUGGAAAAAUCUAAUAUUCCAAGUUUGAUGGCCCCCUCAGAAAUCGUCAAUGAGUUAGUCACUGAGAUUCCAGAGAUUGCAGAUGCUGCCAAACAUGUACGGGAGUUUUGGAAUGGACCCGGAGAAUCAGAAGCAGACACAACUGUUGCCCAGGAUAAUAAGGUUAUGAUUGAAGAGCCAUGGUUGGAAGAGAAUACUCUUCCUAGUUGCUUGGAAAAUAUAAGGAGAGAUGAACUGGAGGUGGUCCUUUUGGGGACAGGAUCAUCUCAGCCUUCUAAAUACCGAAAUGUUACUUCUAUCUAUAUUAAUCUCUUCUCCAAAGGAAGUUUGCUCCUAGAUUGUGGGGAAGGAACCCUGGGACAGCUAAAAAGGAGGUAUGGUGUGGAGGGUGCUGAUAAUGCAGUGAAAAAUCUAAGAUGUAUUUGGAUAUCUCAUAUUCAUGCUGAUCACCAUACUGGAUUAGCAAGAAUACUUGCUCUGCGACGUGACUUGUUAAAGGGCAUGACCCAUGAACCUGUACUUGUUGUGGGGCCUCGGCAGCUUAAGAAAUUUCUUGAUGCAUAUCAAAGACUAGAAGACCUGGAUAUGCAGUUCAUUGAUUGUAGGAGCACCAUUCAAGCUUCAUGGGUUGCUUUUGAGGGUGAUGGCAAACCCACAAAGGAUGACGUGUCUCUAGGAAGUCCAAAUGAUUUUGCAGAAAUGAAAAAUGCUACUCUAAAUACUGAGUCAAAUUUGUUAGCCAGGGGAAGUCGUAUGCAGAGCUAUUGGAAGAGACCUGGCAGUCCGGUUGAUAAUGGCUUGGUUUUUCCACUUCUAAAGAGAUUGAAGGAGGUGCUUAGUGAAGCGGGGCUGGAGGCUUUAAUUAGUUUUCCUGUUGUGCAUUGCCCUCAGGCAUUUGGUAUUGCCUUGAAGGCUGCGGAGAGAAUCAACAGUGUUGGAAAAGUGAUACCAGGUUGGAAGAUUGUGUAUUCAGGUGACACUAGGCCCUGUCCAGAACUGGUAGAAGCAUCUCGUGGAGCAACCAUUCUCAUACACGAGGCAACUUUUGAGGAUGCAUUGGCGGAGGAAGCUAUAGCCAGAAAUCACAGUACAACAGAGGAAGCCAUUGAAGUGGGAAACUCGGCUGGUGUGUACCGUAUCAUACUCACCCACUUCAGCCAAAGAUAUCCAAAAAUUCCUGUAUUUGAUGAUACACACAUGCAUAAAACCUGCAUUGCUUUUGACUUGAUGAGUAUUAACAUAGCAGAUUUACCUGUGCUUCCUAGAGUGCUUCCGUACCUUAAAAUGCUCUUUAGAAACGAGAUGGUAGGGGAUGAAUUAGAUGAUGUUGUAGAUGCUUUUGGGAAGCUUUUAUUGGUUGGCUUCCUUUAUGCAAGUUUGCUUUUAGAGAAAAUACACGUUGAUCCCAGGGAUCCUGUAAUAUGUACUGGGAUCAACAUGAGAUUAGGGUUUGGAGAGAUGGAUUCGAGCAGGAGAGCGGUGGAAUCGUACUGGAGAUCGAGGAUGAUCGAUGGAGCAACAUCUGAUGAAGACAAAGUCACUCCUGUUUACAAAUUGGAAGAGAUUUGUGAGCUCUUGAGGUCUUCUCAUGUCACUAUUGUCAAAGAGCUUUCUGACUUUAUACUGAAGAGACUCGACCACAAGAGUCCCAUUGUUAAACAAAAGGCUUUGAGGUUGAUAAAAUAUGCUGUGGGAAAGUCUGGUCUAGAGUUCAGAAGGGAAAUGCAAAGACAUUCUGCAGCUGUGCGUCAGUUGUUUCAUUACAAGGGUCACAUGGAUCCUUUGAAAGGGGAUGCCCUUAAUAAGGCAGUGAGGGAUACAGCUCAUGAAGCUGUCUCUGCUAUUUUUUCUGAGGAGAAUAGUAAGCCAGCGGCUCCUGCUACUGAAAAUCUUAACAAACGAAUACAAGGUUUUGGGAAUACGAAUUUUGAUAUGCCAUAUGAAGAUAAAAAAUCUUUCCUUACUGAGGUAGUCGGUCUUGGUAGUGCGUCUAUCAGGCAGGGAAUUAGUAGCUUAACGCAAAGUCAUUCGCUGAGAAAGAAUGAUAAUGGGAGCUACAAGAGCCCGAAUCUUCAUAGGUCAUUGACCAUAGAAAAUGACUACUCUGAUAGAUAUCAACCAGUUCAGUUGAACAGUGAAACUCAGGGUAGUUUUGGAGUUUCUAAGAAUGUGGCCAGUGGACCUUGGGGUCAGGAUUCAAGAGUAAUGAACGCAGAAACAAAAGAUGGGAACUCCAGCUCAAGUUAUACAGAGAGUAAGACCCGUGAGGAGAGGUUGUUAGAGACCAUAGUGACAUCCGGUGGUGUACGGCUACAACCUACCCGGGAUGCCAUUCAAGCUUUUCUAGUGGAGGCAGCAAAAUUGGAUGCAUUGGCUCUAAGUUGUGCCCUUGAAUCCAAGCUUCAAUCUCCUGUGUGGCAGGUUCGCAUGAAAGCUGUGUGCCUACUCGAGUCAAUUCUGAGGAGAAAGGAUGAUGAACAUUUUUCAAUUGUAGAUUCAUAUUUUAGCGAAAAUAAAGAUUCUGUCGUGAUAUGUUCUGAAUCUCCCCAAAAUUCUCUCAGGGAAAAGGCUAACAAGGUGCUAAGCCUUUUGGGUGGGGAACCAGUUGGUAACUUGGUGGGUAAUUCAGUAAAGGCUGAGACCGCUCAUGUCCAGAUGCCCGACUUAAUAGACACUGGAGAUUCAGAUGAUUUCUUUGGGACAGAUGAUUCUAUAAAGAAGCUAAGUGAACAAGAUAUAGUGAACCCUACGACAUCCACAACCCCUUUGAUUGAUGAUCUAUUUGGAGACAGUGUUGGCAUGAGUACGAGUACUGGGAAACAGAAAAAUAAUGAAGAUCCCUUUGCAGAUGUUUCAUUUCACGCUAGUGAGGGCACGGAGCAUGGGGAUGAUCUCUUUUCAGGGAUGGCUUUUGAUGAUAAACCGGGCAGUGAUGAGAACCAUAUGCCAACAAAUAAAAGUGGACCCGAGCUAUUUGAUAUUUUUGGAUCAAAUUCUGAAUUUUCGAAGGGGCAAGAAAAUAUUGAAACAGGUGUUAGUGACUUAAUGGCCGAUAUGUCCAUUAAUCAAAAUGUCCCAAAGACGAAGCAGCAAGCAACCUCUCCAGCAGUGCUCUCAGAAAGUCUCUUCUCAGAUUUAACCAGUAAUCCCAGCCAUCAGGUCACAAAUGAUGCUUUGAAUGGCUCACUUGGCUCCUCAACGACUGGGAUGAAUGUAAAUCCCUUAUUUCCUUCUGGUACCAUGCCAUAUAAUAUACAUCCUGGCAUAAUGUUGAACCCAGCUUUUCAUUCUCAGCCGAUAAAUUAUGCUGCCAUGGGGAAUUUUCUAGCUCAACAGCAAUUUCUUGCUACAAUGUCUAACUUUCAACACCUAAGUAACCUAAAUGUGCAAAAUGCUGGUGCUAGUCAUGCUUCUGGGACCGAUGGAAGUGGUUAUUCUUCAGCACUUCCUGAUAUAUUCCAAUCAAACUUUCCCAAUCAGGUUCCCACUUCAACGAUGAACAGCUCAAAGAAAGAGGAUAGCAGAGCAUUUGAAUUUAUCUCGGACCAUGUUGCAGCAGCACGUGAUCCAAAGAGGGUGGCCUAA